CGGCUAUGGCGAUCAUACCGUGGUGUACAGAAUUUUUCCCUAUGCUGAUUGGACACUGCAUCCAGGGUCUCUUCGGGGGAAGUGUUGACUCGGUGGUCCUAGCUGAAAUGCUGUCUCUUUGGGGGUCCGAGUCCGAGUCUCCCAUGCAGGCCCUUUACUUCAGUUUUGCGUUCGGUGCUAUAUUGUCUCCUCUUGUCGUCACUCCUUUUCUCCACAGCAGAGACGACACAGGAGAUACUAAAGGUACCAAUGCCACUCCAUAUGUUACCUACACAGACGUAUCAGUAAAUCUGUCGGUAACCAACGAAAACGCAUCUACAUAUGGACAUACUGCCACGUUUACAAACAUUACGACAUAUGACCUAUCGAAUACAUCAACACAGCUAAAUGAAGUUAUGACAGUAUCUCCCAAUGUUGAUUGUGCACAGUAUACGAACAUCACAUUCCCAGAUUGUUAUCAGGAGUUGAUGGCCUCUCGAUAUUCAUCGGACCUCUACAUUCCAUACAGUAUUUCGUCGGGACUUUGUCUCCUUGUUUCACUUCCAUUCCUUCUGUUGUCCGUCCUAUCAUUAUUAGACAAAUUUAAAGUUCCCCAUGUUGAUGAUGAAACUCGUGUGACAAAACCUUUGUCCAAUAAGCUAAAAACAGUGACGUUAUUGGUGACGGGAAUUAUAUCUGGAAUCGACACGGCUAUGGAGGACGCAUACGGCGACUUUCUUACCGCAUUCUGUGUCUCACAAAUGGGUUGGACGAAACAAAAUGGCGCCAUAGCAACUUCCCUUUUUCAUGGGUCGUUUGCGUUUGGUCGAUUUAUAGGAAUUUUCCUUGCAAUAUGCUUCAAACCUUUGCAAUUAGUAUUAUCAUACAGUGUUCUCCUAAUAGCAGUCAAUGGUGUGUUCAUUGUAAGCGGACUGUACGGGUUCGGGGAGGGGAUAUGGGUGUGCAGUGUACUAGCGGGGAUUGGAAUGUCGGUCAUCUCGCCUUCUAUAUUUACACUGACAGAGGAGUCGUUUUUCCCGGUGACGGGGAGGAUAGCAUCAUAUUACGUCAUCACCGCGUGUCUAGGCUCGGCUAUAAACUCGUUACUUAUCGGAUACCUGAUGGACAGCUGGUCAGACAUGUCUAUGUUGUAUGUCCUAUGUGCUGAGGGAUUCACGAUCUUCUUCAUGGCAUUGUUAUGUUACGUUCUAGUUCGUAUAUUCUAUAAAGAAAAAGUUAAGGAAACAGCUAUUCAAGAGGAGGACGACGGUUUGUGACCUCUAGCAGGCGAACAAUUUACAUUAUAUUUGAAAUUUUAUAUAUGAUUACAUUUUCUAAAUCAAUGGUAACAAAACGGGUUCGAUUGUAUAAAUAUCGUCAAAAAAUUGCCAUUUAUCUCUCGAAUUACCCUAGUAAUGCAUUGUGAAGUCACUUAGCGCAAACGUGGGGAUAGUGUUGCAUAUCAGUACAAACGUCCAUGAUACCUUAUACAUUGUAUAUCACAUUCUAAACGGAAUUGCCUGCGAAACAUUUUUAGGGGAUCUGGUUGAUGGCGGGCUCACGAAGGUCGAUAAAAUAAACAUGAUUAUGCUACAGAUUCAAAACUAGGGAGUUUCUCCAUCAUCUAACAAUGUAUACCAACUGACGAGUCCUUUUUAUCAUCAUUAGGAUAACGAUGUUUGCUCGACCUUUAAGAUUGCCUUCCACUUUUGUCUAACCAACAGGCAUCGCCGAUAGUGUUGGCAAAGACUAGUGAAGUCGUGUACGCGUUUUAAAAUGUUGUAGUCUCAUCUUGUAACAUUGUUUGAUCAUUCUUGCCCUGUAGGUAGGGCGUAAGAAUUGUACAUAUUGUCUACAAUGCAUGAUCGUAAGAGACGAGAAAUCUGGGAUUUUAUCGUUUCUUUCUCUUUCUGUUUUUAGAAAUUAAAUUCUUCCUAAUGUCUCCCUUGA